AUGGUCUUUGAUUCAAGGUUGCGGCAACUACCAGAGUCAAUCACAGGAGACGUGGAGGUAUUUUCGCCCCCGCGUAAUCCCGACAGUGAUGAUGAUGUCGCCACGUUGAUUCAAGUGGAAAACAUCAAAGUCGUUCCACUUUCGCCCGACAGCGCCGCCUCCAACCGACAACUCUAUUCCAAGACCGUUUACUACCCAAUCACGGUUGAUGGUAUGGAGGCAUCUGGAGGUCGGCUCCCCACUGAUCAGGAGCUCAAAAUGGCUUGGGACCUGGGGCGUGUCGGCAUCUACUUUCUGCGUGCCAUCGAGGAACAGUUUUCAGAUCCUGAGUCGAGGAGCAACAUCACCGUACAUCACCAGUAUUUCUUUGACUUUAGCCGUGACAUUCUUUCUCGCGUUUCUCAGGGUAGCAUGCCAUAUGCCAAGAAGGAGUGGUUGAAUGAUACCUGGAGCGAUGUUGCUCCCAUCUUUCACCGAUAUCCAGACAGUCUGGACCUUCAACUAAUGCAAAAGGUCGGAACCAACAUGGCUGCGGCGAUUCGAGGGGAAGCCAAUAUGGUGGAGAUUCUUUUCAAGGACGACUUCAUGGACAGAUUCUAUGCUGGAGCAUUGGGUCUUGACCUCACCAUGGACUGGCUUGGGCGCAUAGCCUUACAACUCUCCCGAAGAUAUCCCCACAUGAAGAUGCUGGAGCUUGGCGCUGGCACUGGUGGCGCUACCAAGAGUAUCUUCAAACAUAUUGGCAGCCAGUUCUCUUCAUACACCUUCACCGACAUUUCAGCUGGGUUCUUCUCAACAGCCAUGAACGUCUUCAAGUCUCCCAAGAUGAUCUUCAAGAUCCUGGAUGCCGAGCGGGAUGUCGUUGAGCAGGGGUUCCAGGAGGGUUCCUACGAUUUGGUCAUUGCCUCAAACGUCUUGCACGCCACCGCUAAGCUCGACGACACGCUUCGGAAUGCGAGACGGCUUCUCAAGCCAGGAGGCUAUCUCCUGAUUGCCGAAGUGACUUGCGCUGAUGUGGUCCGAGUACGAUUGCCAUUUUCGGCCCUUCCAGGCUGGUUCAGGGGACAUGAUGAUGGUCGACCGCUGACGGCGACAAUCGACACUACGGAGUGGCAUCAACGACUUUCUCGCACGGGUUUCUCCGGCGUCGAUGCAGUUACACCGGAGUUCGAACCACUGGCCUGGCCGUCACUCAUCAUUCUGUCUCAGGCCGUGGAUGACAAGAUCAAUCUUCUUCGAGAGCCUCUUUACCACCAGCCAUUGGAGGUACUUACCUCCGAUGCGAGCAGUGCUCAGGAGUCCCAAAAGCUUGUUCUUGUCGGAGGCCAAACAAUGCAGUCUUGUAGCCUGAUAGGACAACUAAGCCGCAUCCUGGCUCCGUGGUUUGCCGGCACCAGCAUCGUUCGUGUCCGCUCACUCCGGGAUCUCGGCAAACUCGAGUCUCUCGGGCCAAAUUGUUGUGUCAUUAAUCUGGCCGACCUAGACACUCCAGCCAUGAGUGAUCUCUCGGAUGAGUCCUUCGCAGGACUCAAGAAGCUGGUGGAACGACCCCAGUGCCUUCUGUGGAUCACAAGCGGGUGCCAAGAACAGUCACCUGAGAUGAAUAUGAGUAAGACUCUUGCAGAGAUCGAGCAAGGUGACCAUUCAUCGCAAGCGCUCUUGUGGGCUCGUGAGCACGAGCUUAUGCUGGAGAACGACAUGCUCAAGGUGCCUCGCAUCGCCUACGACCCCGCUAUGAAUCUGAGAUACACUGCUUCCCGGAAAUUGGUCACGGAGUCUACGAACUCCCAAAUUACUCCGGUACAUCUGCGCUGUUCCGGCACUUUGUGGAAGUUUCACAAACUUGCCACGGUUGGCCCCUUAGUAGAAGCUGAUAACUGGCUCAAAGUGACUGCAUCAUCAGCCGCACCCUCCUAUGGUGGGCUUUACACUGUCCUGGCUGCUCCUACCGGUGGCAAUGCUCCGGCUGUAGCAUUAUCAACCGUCAAUGGCUCUCUGCUUUCGCCUCAAGAUCUCGCAGCUAAUCUUUCUGUUGAUGUUGAUGUGGGGAACCCGAACGAAUUUCUAUCAGCACUGGUUUGCCAGCUGCAGGCAGCCAGCAUCUUGGAUGCUGUUCCCCACAAGUCCUCGGUCAUGCUCUAUGAGGCAGAUGAGGCGCUUGCUGCUUCCGUUCUCUCGAAGGCUUCAGAGAAGGAACUGACAGUUACUUUUGCCUCAAUCUCCGUCAGUCCAGGCAAUCUGAAAAAGACAGAAAACACCUCAUGGGUCAAGAUCGAGCCACACUCUUCGCUCCGAAUGAUUCGUUCUCAGCUGCCACCAAAGGUGGAUAUUAUCGUGAACUGCGUUGAAGCUCGCAACAUUACGCUGCCUCCGACCCUUCUCAACGCUCUUUCCCAGCGAUGUUCGAAGCUGGCCCUGCUCGAUCUUGUUCAUCAGAGACCUACGCAUUCCUUCAAUCCCCUCGACGUCCUGACGACUGCCCUCAAACGCGUGUCUGGAAGUGUCAUAAACAGAGCUUCUACAAAAGCAAAGUCUCUACAGAACCUUGACCUUUCCGAAGAUCUGGACAUCGGGCUCUCUGUUGUCAUUGACUGGAGCUCGGACAGUGGUUUGGUUGUGCCAGCGGUUGUACCGCCUGUGAGCAACUACCUCUAUUUCAAGCCCGACCGCAAUUAUGUGCUCUUUGGACUGACAAGCGAUCUCGGACAAUCUUUGUGCGAUUGGAUGAUUAAUCAUGGGGCACGCCAUCUUGUGAUGACCAGCCGUAGCCCCAAUGUUGGCUCGAACUGGUUACGUGCUAAACAGGAGGCCGGAGUCGAGAUCAGAAUCUUUGCUAAUGAUAUCACCGAUGAAGCCGCUUUGCGUGGCGUUGUCGAAGACAUCCGCACUAGUAUGCCCCCAAUCGCUGGCGUCGCCAACGGAGCUAUGGUACUCCGCGACAAGCUGUUCAUGGACAUGCCACUCGAUAUGAUGACACAGACCCUACAUACCAAGGUCAAAGGUAGCAUCUACUUGGACUCAAUCUUUGGCGAAAAGUCCGAGUUCAACCUAGAUUUCUUUGUCUUCUUUUCUUCGAUCGCUGCCGUCACCGGAAAUCGAGCGCAGUCCAACUACAGUGCCGCCAACAUGUUCAUGACCGCCUUGGCCAACAACAGGCGGGCGCGGGGUCUCCCAGCGUCUGUCAUGCACAUCGGCGCAAUCAUGGGCGUAGGGUACAUGGCUCGCAGCCUCACACACGCUAUCCUAGAUAAUCUCUGGAGCGCCGGCGCAACUUGGAUCUCAGAGAAGGACUUCCACAACUGUUUCGCCGAGGCGGUGCUUGCAAGCAAACCAGACAACGGUGUGAAUGGCGACUCUGAGUUCAUAGUUGGCUUGCGUCAGCUUGUGCACGGAAAGGACAGUCCAGAUAAGGUCCUAGUGAUGGAAGAUCCUCGUUUCAGUCACCUGGUCAUCAAGGAGAUCUCUUCAGAAGACGACUCAUCCCAGGAUGCGGGGGCGAGGAAGUCGACCUCAGUCAAACACCUGCUCAAGAGCGCUAAGACACCAAAGUCUGUAGAAAGAAUCGUUCGUCACGGGUUUGUCGCAAAGCUGGUUGCCACUCUGCAGUUGGACAACCAAAUUCCGGAGGCCGAGAUUCUCGGCUCGAGAGCCGAUGAGCUUGGUGUUGAUUCUCUAGUCUCCGUCGACUUCCGCACCUGGUUUUCUAGCGAGAUGUCAGUGGAGAUGCCCGUUCUCAAGCUUUUGGGCGGCUCUACGGUUCAAGAGUUGAUCACGUUUUCGUUGGAGAAGCUCCCUGGUGCCCUAACACCAAGCCUCGGAGAUGGCAAUGAAGAUGAGCCCGAAGAAGAGGAAACACCCCAGUUGACACGAGAUGCUUCUGGCCCUUCCAAGCCUAUGCAGAUCAUAGAGACUCAUGGCGCUGCGGCACGACCCACCAAGCAGCAAGCUGCGCCAGUCCCACUUCUCGAGAUGCCCAAGGUCCCAGACAACAUUGAGACAAGCAAACCAUUCAUGCCGACCGGUAGCUCCUCAAGAUCUUCGCCGUCGUUAUUAGAUGACGAGUUCAGCGAUAGUGAAGAAGACGGCGUGGUAUCUCUCUCAAGCUCGGCAGGGUCAGCAUCUCCUGAGCUUGUCACCCCAAGCAAGUUGCAAUUCAGUCAGGUGGAUCGUGAGAUUCCCAUGUCCGCUGGGCAAUCUCGAUUCUGGUUCCUCAAGCAUUUCGUCACCGACAAGUCAGCUUUCAACAUCACGUUCUGGGCUCACCUGAAAGGGAACAUCAGAGUCGACGCACUUUCAAAGGCUGUCGACACGGUGGCUCAGGCCCAUGAGGCCCUCCGCACCUCGUUCAUCACCGGUCGAGAUGGAACCCCUACUCAGUGCAUCAGGCCAAAGGCUCUGUUGAAGCUCGAGCACCGAUUUGUUCGCGAUGAGGGCGAUGCAAGACUUUUGUUCGAUGAGCUCAAAUCCCAUGAGUAUGACAUCGAGGCGGGAGAUCUGAUGCGUUUCCAUCUCCUGAACCUCUCGGAACAAGCCCACUUCCUUGUCAUCGGGUAUCAUCAUAUCAAUAUGGACGGCAUCAGUCUCGAGGUCUUGCUUUGUGACAUUGAGAAGGUUUACUUCGGGCAUCCGCUGUCGCCGCCAAUUCAGUACUCCGAGUACUGCUGCAAGCAAAGCCAAGACCUUCACUCGAACGCUUUCGCCGAUGAGAAGAGAUUUUGGGCAAAAGAGCUGACCAAUCCUGCACCGACUGUUCUACCCCUGCUCCCAUUCGCCAAGAUGACACAGCGGAAGCCGCUUGACAAGUACUCCCACAAUCAAGCCCAAAGACAGGUCGACAUUGCUGUGACUAGGGCCAUCAAGGCCGCUUGCCUUCUUACAAAGACUAGCAUGUUCCACUUCCUACUGGCCACCUAUGCUGUUCUGCUGCAUCGGCUUCUGGAAGUUCAAGACUUCUGCAUCGGCAUGGCUGAUGCUGGUCGAGAGAUGGGCACAUUUGCUCAGAGCAUCGGCAUGUAUCUGAACUUGCUUCCUUUGCGAUUCGCUAUGAGCAGCGGCCAGCGAUUCAAGGAGGUGUUGGAGAGCUCCAGGCGCAAGGCGCAAGCAGCAGUGGCUCACGGGCGCCUACCUUUCGACAUGAUUCUCCAAGAAGCAGACGUCGAGCGCUCUGAUACAUAUAACCCACUGUUCCAAGCCUUCCUCAAUUAUCGACCCGGUGUCAGUCAGAAUCGCACCUUCUGCGGAUGUCAAGGUCAAGGCGAGGACUUGGUCAGCGGGACGACAUCCUAUGACAUAAUGCUGGACGUCAUUGAGAAUCCAGACAGCGCUACUCUUCUUCGGUUCGACAUCCAAGGAUCACUUUACACGAAGGAAGAAGCCGAGACGUUGAUGGACACCUUCGUCACUCUCCUGGAAAGCUUUGCCAACAACACGGAUGUUCUUAUUGACAAGCCAUCAUUUUUCAACCAAGACGAGGCUCAGAAAGCACCAGUACUUGGAAGAGGCCCUGAGCAUGUUUCUGUGUGGCCAGAGACCGUUCUCCAUCGCAUCGACAGGAUUGCUAGUCAACAGCCCAAUUCGCUUGCAAUCACCAACGGUUUCGCGUCGUCACUCACGUAUUGUGGACUGAAGAGACGCGUGCAGGCCAUCGCCCAAACCCUCCUUCAGAGCGCCGGAGGACAACGCAGCGGGCUCAUCGGCGUACUCUGCGAGCCUUCAGUUGAUGCCGUCUGCGCACUGCUCGGUGCCAUGUGGGCCGGGUUCGCAUAUGUUCCUCUUGACCCAACCUUGCCUCCCGAACGCCUUGCUGUUCUGGUCAAGACAUCCCGGCCACUUCUCAUCCUAACUCACGCUAAGACCAUUGAUCGUCUUGCUGAUCUGGGAUCAACAGCUGAAUACAUCCCUCACAUCGACGUCUCUCAUCAGCAACCUGCCAGUUUGAACUCCGUGCCCAUCUCUGCCAAGCCUCGAGAACCUAUGGCGGUACAUUUUACAAGUGGGACGACGGGUACAACUAAGGGCUUAGUCCUCUGCCACGAUACGGUCGUUAAUGUCGUCGAGGCAUGCGCCGACAUCUAUCGGACAGCGUCCAACGUGGUUCUCCAACAGACAGCACUCAACUUCGACAUGGCCCUCUGGAAGAUCCUGGUUACCCUUUGCUCAGGCGGCAAGCUUGUCAUCGUCCCACAGGAGAAGAGACUCGACAUGACGACGAUAGCUCGUCUCAUUCGCCAGGAGGAAGUCACUCUUACUAUCGCCACGCCAUCUGAAUACUCCGCAUGGCUCAUGUAUGGAUCGGAGGAUCUUCAGCAUAACAGGCACUGGCAGAUUGCCGUCAUUGGCGGGGAGCAAUACUCAAUCUCGGUAGACAGCGGAUUGAGAAACCUGCAGCUUCCUCGCCUACGGCUGAUGAACUUCUACGGGCCUUCUGAAGUCAGCUUUGUCUCCCACUAUAUGGAGGUCUUCCCGGGGACGGCCUCCACCGACGAACCAGUACCUGUUGGCUCCCCCCUCCACAACUAUGCCGCAUACAUCUUGGAUGUAGCACAAAGACCUGUAGCCACUGGAAUGACUGGAGAGGUCUACAUCGCCGGCGCCGGUGUGUGCAAAGGUUAUCUCGACAAUCUGAGCUUAACCGAGGAGAAGUUUGUCGACGAUCCUUUCGUGCGUUCAGAUCUCGCAAGGUCUCAUGGCUGGACUCGUAUGUACAAGACUGGCAACAAGGGGAAGAUCAACGAGGAUGACACGCUGUCCAUCUUGGGGCGUAUCGAAGGCGACGCACAACUCAAGAUCAGAGGCGUCCGAAUGGAACUCGAAGAGAUCGAGAGAGCCAUCUUGAACAACUCGGACGGCCUGCUUGAUCAGGUUGUCGUCUCUCCCCGUGGGGAGGGCGAGAGCAAGUAUCUCGUGGCUCAUGCACUGCUGAGUGCCCGAGGGCGUCACAACACCAAUAUCGACGAGCAACUGAGGGACACCUUGCAAAACAUCACAAACCUCCCCAGAGCCAUGCGGCCAGCCACAAUAGUCCCUGUGACUAACUUGCCUCUGACCAUUCACCGCAAGGUAGAUCGAAAAGCUAUGGCAUGCUUGCCUGUGACCACGCCGGAGCUUCGACAAGCUUCCCCCGUCAGCCAGCAAGAAAGACCCCUCACCAUUGAGCAGCAUGAGAUGUUGCGCCUCUGGAGUCGCGUUGUAGGGCGCUGUCCGGCCGAGCUUUCCGGUCCUGCUUCUGCCAUUGACUUCUUCAAUCUCGGUGGCACCUCUCUUCAGCUCGUCGGCGUGCAAGCCGCCAUUCAGGCCCAGUUCGAUGUUUCUGUCCCGGUGGUCGAACUGUUCAAGAAGAGCAGCCUGGAAGCAAUGACGGCUCUUGUUGCCACUGAGAUUGAAUCAGUCAGUGAUGACGAGAGUGACGUUGAUUGGGAAUCCGAGACGGCCCUACCCGACCUUACGCCGGCCUCGAAGGAUCUACUCUCGCAACAUCCGACGGUAUCUGUUCGUCAGCCACCACGCGUAGUCGCUCUCACUGGCGCAACAGGCUUCGUCGGACGAGCUAUUUUACGUUCUCUCUUGGCCACACCCUCUAUUGAGAAGAUUCACUGCCUCGCUGUGAGAGACUCAACCCGCCUUGGCGAGAUGUGCAGCGAUCGAAAGGUAGUUGUCCACCAGGGCGACCUCCGAGACGCGUCUCUCUCACUCGAUGACAGCACGAAAGAAAUUUUGGCGCGGACCGUGGAUCUGAUCAUCCACAACGGCGCUGAUGUGUCCUUCUUGAAAUCUUACGCAGCUCUUCGGGCACCCAACGUCUCCAGCACUAAGUUCUUGGCAACCGAAAUAGCAGCGCCUCGACGGAUUCCGAUUACAUAUUUUUCCUCGGCCGUGGUGGGACGCCUCGCUCCAGAACUGGACGCCUUCGCGCCGGUCCCAAUGUCCCACCGUCCCCCUCCACCAGGAUACCGCGACGCCUACGGAGCUUCAAAGUGGGCAAGCGAAGCCGUCCUUGAGAACGCGAAUUGCGAUCUCGGUAUCCCGGUGACGACCCGCCGUCUCUCAAGCGUGACCGGCGCCGGCAUUCCGGAGUCCGACAUCAUGGGCAACCUAGUUGCUUACUCUGAGACGCUGGCAGCUGUGCCAGUGACCCAGAAGUGGAAGGGUGUCUUGGACUUCGUGUCUGUCGACCGCGUUGCUCAAGCUGUUGUUGCGGAUGCUAUGCGCCGAAGUCGUGUGGACGAGGUCCGAUAUCGCCACGACUGCUCUGAUGAAGUGGUAUCGCUGGAUGGAGAUGGUAUCAGCGGUUUCAUCAGCCAAAGACUACAGGGCAAGCCUGUCAAGGUUUUGCCAAUGACAGAAUGGGUUGGCAAAGCUAAGAGUGUCGGAAUGAGCGAUUUGGUAUGCACAUUUUUGGAGCAGGCUGAGAAGGAGUCAGGUAUUAUCACGUUUCAGAAAUUGCUGAAGUAG